AUGUAUCCGGACUCGAGCCCAGACUACGACGACUCCUCGAGCUCGUCUCGCAGCACGAGCAGCAGCUGCUCAGCAUCGCCUACCGGAGACGUCGCCCGGUGCAGCCAGCGAUCUCCAGACUCACCCACGAACGCAUCGUCAAUGGACAGUAGCAUGUCGCAGGUAUGAAUGAAUGGAUCUUAUUUUGGAGAAAAAAAAAAGAAAACAUUUGAAUGGAAUCGCGUUGGCAUUUUUGGAAACGUUCAUUAUGUUUGUGUUGCAUUGAGUUUGUGGCAAGAUCAAUCAUUUAUUGAUCAUAUUAGGCCUAACUAAUAGACAGACUGAUUCUGAAUCUACAACCCAUCCAACUAGAUCGUGAACCGCUCCAGUGAAAUGUAGCAGUGACAGCCCCUUUACCCGUUACCUAUCCAGAUAUGUAUGGCAUGCUGAAAGAGCUUGUAUUGGGCAGGUAGGUACCAUAUGGUACCGCCAGACAGUUGACUGAUCACCUUCAAAUUCCUGACAUUCCUGGAGUGGUAUAGGGGGUCCAUGCUGACCAAAUUAUAUUGAAGACUUGACUGAAGCCAUCAUGCCAAAAUAUGAUGAUGAUGAACGAUGGGUUUAGCUAUUAUUGGCAACAUGAGAUGGACUGUCAUUUGAUUAAUUAUGUGUGAUGUCAGAAAUCAUUUAAAACCCUAAUAAAUAAAAAAUUACAACCCUAAUUAUAGACGUUGUAAAUUAGUACAGAAUUAUCUUUGUAGAUACACCAUAAAUUGUGCUAUAAAUUUCAUGCCAAUAACAAAAUCAUUGAUGCACAUCACACCCCUUUUGGAAAGGUCAACCAUGCAUGUCAUCGGAUUCAAUUGAUUGGAUUCAAUAAAUUCAACAUUCCUUGUGUUGUUUUUGCAGGAUGUCUGUGGUGAAAUAGACUCUCCAUGGCAGUCUCCAUUUGUUCCAACGGUCACUGCAAUCUCAACCUCCAUGGAUCUGCACUGGAUGGUCCAACCGACCACUGACAUCACAUCAGCAUCAGUCUCGCCCUUCUCCUGCUCCUCCCCCUCCCCCUCCUCCUCCUCCUCCUCCCCCUCCUCCCCCUCCCCCCCCUCCUCCUCCUCCUCCUCCCCCUCCUCCUCCUCCUCCUCCUCCCCCCCGUCCUCCUCCUCCUCCUCCCCCCCGUCCUCCUCCUCCUCCUCCUCCUCCCCCCCAUCCUCCUCCUCCUCCUCCUCCCCCCCGUCCUCCUCCUCCUCCUCCUCCUCCUCCUCCUCCUCCUCCUUCUCCUCCUCCCCCUCCAGUGGACGUGCAAAGCUUAGCAGAGCGCAUGGCGCAACCCAAUCGUCUUCCAGAGUGGAAGGCAGCAAGGAACAAUCCACCUGCAAGAAAGGGAAAAAACAGGUAAGCCUUGUUAAAUAUCAAGGAGAUUUUUGAUACAUCUUUUAAAAAAUCGUCUUGAAUGUCUGAUGUGCGUGCGUGCACGUGACUGGCCAGAUAGACUGUGCCAAUGUUGUAUCAUUUUACGCACGUCUGAGUGUUUGAUUGGGUCUAGUGUAGAGCCUGUUACUACGCAUUGAAUUUGUGGUCCUCUGUAGCUCAGCUGGUAGAGCACGGCGCUUGUAACGCCAAGGUAGUGGGUUCGAUCCCCGGGACCACCCAUACACAAAAAAACGUAUGCACGCAUGACUGUAAGUCGCUUUGGAUAAAAGCGUCUGCUAAAUGGCAAAUUAUUAUUUGUAGCCUAGCCAAGGAGAGUCUUCAUUCUGCAACAAUGGCAUAUUUUCUGACACUGCAUUGAAAGAUGUGUAGUCUUUUUUUUAGGGCUACCCUUUGCCAAAUGUUGAAUUAGCCUUCCAAGCCAAGUGACGAGAUGGCAAGAUUCCUCAUGCAGGUCUGGAUGUGCAUUUAGAGGGUUCUCAUUUGUUGUGACUGAUCUAGCCUUUAUCAGAAGAGGAUGAGAGGAGGAAGAUCAGGAGAGAGAGGAAUAAAGUCGCCGCAGCCAAGUGUCGCAACAGACGGCGGGAGCUCACCGACACCCUGCAAGCCGUAAGUGCACCUUGUUCUCAUGUGAAAAACGACUGUCAUGUCCUUGUGGAGAUGCUUAGCAGAAUGGAUUUCACCCAAAGUGAUUGAGGCUCUCCAUACUUCUUACUAGACCAUGUAUCUUCUUUUUAAUUGUCAUUUCAUAAACGUUAAUUGAUUGAUGUGUGGUUCUCCCCUUAUAGGAAACUGAUCAGCUGGAGGGGGACAAAGAGGCCUUGCAGACAGAGAUAGGCCACCUCCUGAAAGAGAAAGAGAGACUGGAACAGAUCCUAUCCACCCACCAACCAGCCUGCAAACUAGCCACCGCUGAGGACGAUGUCGAACAUGAGAUCAACGAUGACAUUGAAGGCAUGCUACAAGACACCGCAGAUUCUGCCCAGCUGCUCUCCAUCUUGGAGAACUCAGACAAACUCCAACUCCCAGAAGGCAGUGCGACAGAAGUGACUGUGUCCAAGGGCCCCUUACGCCAUGAAAUGGACUCCGUCCCCGUGCCAAGCAUCUCCAUCUCUGCCUCGGCCAUCUUGGGUAACUCCAACAUCCUACUGUGCUCCAGUGCUGAGGAAGAACCCAUGGAGGACCUAGACUUCGACCAACGUGACCUACAGGACCUGGUCCCCAGCCUGGAGCUGGCUGUGGCCCCUGAGACCGCCCCGUCCGUUCCUGACAUCGACCUCCUCGGGGGCCCCUUCUGCCUGUCAGACUGGGAGACCCUGUACAAGUCUGUGGCCAACGAUCUGGAGCCCCUCUGCAACCCCACGAUGAUGUCUUCCAGUGACACUCCUACGUGUAGCAGUUACCGCUCUGUGUUUUCCUUCAAUUACUCAGAGGUAGACCAUAUGGCUGAGGAUGAGGGGUGUUGUGAGAGCUCCGAGGGCCUCAAAGGAGUUGUUGGUGGUAGUUCUGAUUUGAUUAAC